GCUGUACCUCUGUUAGAAAAGGGUGUUUUCUUGCAGAACCACAUUGUGGAAGUAAGCAGCCAUUCACAACACGUGGGCAGACAGAGAAACAAACAGGUGUUGACAUUGGAAGAAACAAUGUGGAAAAGAAGUUAGACGGAUAUAAGUUUCCAGUUUACUCAACAGACUUUUGUCCUAGAAAUCAAUUAGAAUGGGAAAAAAGAUCGACUUCUAUCAAUUGCAAUGCGACAAAUGGAUACAUGUGUGUACCAAAUGAAAACUUCACAGAACUAAUUGAGUUUUGCUAUAUACAUCCCUUUUUACUGAUUCAAAAAGGGGUUUGCUUGUAUUUGGACAAGCACUACUCAAGAAUAAUUUUAUACAGCUGUCGCCAUUUUAUAGAUGGAUGCCCUACUUCAAAAUAUAUGUCUUCAAAAAGUUAUGAAAACCCAAGCUGUGCAUCCAUUGUAAAUGGCUGUUUUCGCGCGGAACCGUUGUGUGAAAGCACAACUCGAAUAGAAACAAGAACACCAUCAACUCCAUCAUCAACAAUUCAAUUCACAACAUUACCACCAUUAACUACUGAAUCAGAAACAACGCUCCCCUCAAAAUCCAAACCCACUAUCAUGCAAACAUCAAUUUUUCAAAUCACAACAAUGGACUCAACACCGUCUGAACCCACAACCAUGGAACAGUCAACUAAACUAACAACGAUGGAACCAUCAACAUCUGAAACCACAACAAUAGAACCAUUAACAUCUGAAACCCCAACGACACUAAAAUCAACCUAUCAACCGUCAGUUACACCCUCACCAACACAUCAUCAAACAACGACUUCACUUACAACUAACCUUCAAGAUUCCGAGGAAGAAGAUGUAAAAUACCUAACUUUUGACAUCACUGAACCAGCCGACCCAGAUCCAGACCAGCCCUCCCCCCUCCGCUACCAUCCUCCUGGGACUGGCAAGGGGUCAACAUCGGACACAUCGGAGAGUGUUCCUCAACCACAUCCAGCUACUUCUGACUCAAAUCAGGUAAUCCCUGUUUUAACUGCUGCCACACUUGCAUCACUAACACAACAAGUUCAGCAACAACAGCAACAACAACAACAACAGCAGCAAGUACAGCAACAGCAACAACCAGCUGCCGCUGCUGUGCUGCAACAACUUCAGCAACUUCAAAACGCUUCUACACAGCCUUUUUAG